UAUUAAAAUAUUUGAUAGAGAGUUGAAUAUUGAAUGUGAAUAAUGGAAUGAAAUGAAAAGAAAGGAAGGUAAUUCCUUCCCCUUAGAGUGAGAAGAAGCAACUGAACUUGUUCGAUUUGAUCUCUCCCUUUUCUUCCCCUUACGAUUCAUUAUAUGCUUUCACAAUUUCUUUUCCUUUUACUUCCAUUCUCUCUUUCUCUCUCUACCAUCAUCACUUUCUCUCUCUAGAAUGGCAACUCCACCGCUUGUCAAGUUCCCGAUCUUCGCAACCAUUAGAGCAAUUGGCGUUGUAGUCACUCUUCUCCUCCUAACAUGGGCUCUUCAUUUCAGAGGAGGACUCGCUCUUGUUUCCGAUAACAAAGAUCUCAUCUUCAAUGUUCAUCCGGUGUUAAUGGUGAUUGGGCUUGUUCUAAUCAACGGUGAAGGGAUGCUUGCAUACAAGACACUAUCUGGAACUAAAAACUUCAAAAAAUCAGUUCAUCUGGCAUUUCAGUUUCUUGCUCUCAUUUUGAGCUUAAUUGGUCUUUGGGCUGCUUGGAAGUUUCACAAUGACAAGGGCAUUGACAAUUUCUACAGCCUUCAUUCAUGGUUAGGCAUUGCAUGCCUCGUCCUAUUCUCCAUCCAGUUGGGUGCUGGAUUUGCAACAUUUUGGUAUCCAGGAGGUUCAAGAAACAGUAGAGCUGCACUAAUGCCAUGGCAUGUAUUCUUUGGAAUCUAUAUCUAUGCAUUGGCUAUAGCUACAACUACAACUGGUCUUUUAGAAAAAGCUACAUUCCUUCAAGUCAACAACAUCAUAUCGCGAUAUUCGAACGAAGCACUUGUGGUGAAUAUCUUAGGCAUUUUGAUUGUUGCUUUAGGUGGCUUUGUUAUUCUUGGUAUAGUUACACCAACUUAUAAUAAAGGUGAUAUUCCAAGAGGAAAUGAGUGAGUGAUUAUAUAUGAUUCAAAAUUGAGAACAUGAACACUUGUAUGUUGUAUGGUCUUUAGGUUGCAUGGAUUGUAUGAACAAACUCUUGAACAUAUAUACACAGGUUUAAUUUUCUUUUUAGAGUUGAAUGUUUUCCCUUCUA